AUGACCACGCACACGCACCGCCUUAUAUUCGUUUCAAAUGUCGAGACAGAUCUCUCACCUGCGCUAUUCGCUACUCGUAAUUGUUUCGCUUGCGUAUUGAAACUUGUUACAAAUACAUACUUAGUUUUUGCUCUUGUUGUUGUUGUUGUUGUUGUUGUACUAGAAAUUGCAGCCAUUGUUCGAUUGUAUUUUCCUGUCAUUCUCUUCAGCAUCUUCCAUGAUUUUUAUGUACAUCCUCUAAAAGAUAAUGAUCAUCCCUUUUACAAUACCAUACCUCCAUGUCCAGCACGGCAUUAUUUCCAACCCGAUAAGAACCAACAUCAACGUUCAAUAUGAGCAUCACUAGCACUACGACAAAAAGUGCGGCAUCUUCUCCGCUUGGUUGCAGUUUCUCUUCGUAUCCCAUUUUUCCCAACAAGUUUCUCUUUCCCUCAGAUAGUUACCCCCAGCCCAAUCUAAGUUGCGUAGUGAUAGAUAGGGCUAGUAAGAUGUUGCUGGUCAACAUGUAAAAAUGUUCGUGAUGUCAUUGAAAAGUCAUUGUUUGGAAAAUUGAGGCCGUUCAAAAUGUACAUAAUUCAAUGUUAGUACACAUCUCAUACGAUUGCUUUUCCUACCACUUGUAGGAGUGAAGAUUCCUUUUUCCAAAAAAUCGAAUGCUCGAUGGUUAAUUUCAUAUCCUUCCGCACGAUCCUGAUCUUCCUCCUCGGAGUUUUCUCUCUCGGUCUCGUGUACCUCCUGCUCACAGUACUAUCUAGCG